UCUUUGUUUACCUCUGCGAGUAUUUAUUUACUUAUUCUGUUAUGCAUACACUGUCCAUACUAUUAGCCCUCGCUCUCCCACUCACACUAGCAUUGAACGAGCCGCGGAUCCUGGGCGGGCAGGCGGCACUUCCCGGCCAGUACAACGCUACAGCACUUGUGCUGGUAGCGACAUCAGCCAAGCAGACGACAGUAUGCGGGGGCACGCUGAUAUCGUCGCGCGCAGUUCUGACGGCUGCGCACUGUGUGCAGAGCCUUCUGGGCGACAACUACGAGCCGGAGCAGUUCACAGUGGGUGUGGGGCAGCUGAGCAGCGAGGGGUUCAAUCUGACGCACCCGUAUUUUGUGGACAAGACCAUUGCACAUCCAUCGUAUUCCGCCGACAUAGUAUCGAACGACAUUGGGCUGAUACUGCUGAACUCGUCGGUGCCCGCCAACGUUAGCACGCCGAUGAAAAUCAUCAAGGGCUAUGACUGGGGAGCGCGGCUGGUGGCGACCGGGUACGGGCAGACGACGAACCAGAAGGGCUCUUUGGCCACGCAGCUGAUGGCGGUGGAGCUACGGCUGGGCAAUGUGACGCACUGCAAGAGCUUGAAUCCCCACUGGAAGCAAGACACCCAGAUGUGCACGGACGGAACCGUGGGCCGCGACACGUGCAAUGCCGAUAGCGGCGGCCCGCUGAUGGGUCAGUAUAAUGAUGCAGGCGACUGGGGGCUGGUGGGCGUGACAUCGUAUGGCGAGGAGGGCAAGGCGAGUAGUGGCGGCAACAUGUGCGGGACCGAAGGUGGCGCCGGGUUCUAUACGUAUGCGGCGUAUUAUGCUGACUGGAUUGCCCAGAAUGCGGGGCUGGAGAGGGACAAGAUCUUGGUUGUGAAUUCAACCACGGUGCACCCGAAUGCGACGCUGAUGGCUGAGGCAUCGGAGGGGUCGACAGUGCUGGCGGUGGCAAGCGAGUCACUGACGUCGGCGGCUGCGGCGGGGCCGGCAAGUGGUAUAGCAGCAGUGGUGGCAGCAGCAGUGCAUAUUGCAAUGUGUCUGGCAUUGGCAUAAUGGAUGUGAAGAGGAGGCUUUAUGUUUUUGUGUUUUGCCUUGUCCGGAAACCUCGCAAAACGACUCGCAGAACCUGGAAUGCAGGCCGGCAGAGGCCAGGUUCGAUCCCCCCCCCAAUACCGAGCAGAGGGGAAAAAUCAAGGAUUCUCGCAGUCAGCUUCUGGCUUUGCGAUGCCAGCGAGU